AUGGAAUGCGUCGGCGCGAUGGGUUUCGAAAGCUUUGACGAUCUAGUCACAUCAUACUAUGCGGAUGAGUUUGAGGAAGCGUCCAAGCUCUUUCAUGAACAGCGAUUCAGUAGGAUCAGAAGACUUCCUGGAGUGUUCGCGGAGAUCCUGGAAGGUGCAAGAAGAUGGGAAGCCUCGGAGCGCCGUGGCCUCGGUGAAGAGGUUCUCAAAGAGGCCGAAGCGGUUCUUAUGCUUGAGAACAGUGAAGCUUGGCAAUCACUACAGUCAAUAAGUGAUGCAGCCAUGCGCAAGGACAAUAUAUCUACAGAGCAGAUCUAUCAGAAUCUCAGUACAGUCCUACCGGUAGAGCAUCCGACUGUCCAGCAUGGCAGCGAGAUUGCUCUGGCACAGCUCUGGCAAUUACUUCACUAUUGCAUUUCACAGGUCGGAUACCAAAAGCCAAAAUACUAG